AUGCGACAAACUCGGGUUUCCGUUUUCUCCGUUCCUACAGGGAAGGAGGUGACUGCUGUGGCGUGUGACGCACAGUGGACUGCAGGCAUCAACCCCUCCUCUGUUUCUCUCGUUUUCACGCCUCUCCCUCCUCUUCUUUCCCCUCGUCCCACGAUUCCCCUGCAGGGAGCCCAUAAGGUGGCAGCUGUGGAGGAGGUAGGGGAGGAGGUGACUGCUGUGGCAUGUGGCGCGCAGGAACCUAUAAAGGUAGCAGCCUUAGAGGAGGCAGGGGAGGAGGUGACUGCUGUGGCAUGUGGCGCGCAGUACACGUGGGGAGGGGGGUUACUGGGGCAGCUGGGGCACCGAACGCUGCAUGCCAGAGGGAUGUUUGGAGGGGGGUUUGGAGCAGGGACGCAUGGGGGAGGUGGGUGCUCGUCGCUGGAUUUUAUGACAGGGCUGGUGCAGCGCCAGCCACUGCUGCUCAUGCCCAAGGGAGUGCGGCUGAUGACAUGGGGGCAUGUGAGAGGGUGUGAUAAGGGCGCAUGGGGGCGUGUUGGGGUGCACGUGGGCGCAUGGGGGUGGGUGCUCGUCGCUGGGUUUUGUGAGAGGGCUGGUGCAGCGCCAGCCACUGCUGCUCAUGCCCAAGGGAGUGCGGCUGGUGACCUGUGGGCAGGAGCGGCUGCCCUUGCCACCUCUUGGCAUGCCCGUUCUCCUCCCGUGCCCUUCCGCUCCCCCAUGCCCUCUCUGUCACGUCUCUUCUCCCCCCCGUGCCCCUUGUGUCCUUGCACCCCCCUCGCCCUUGUGCACCCCCCGGCUCCCCUCUCCCCCCCGCGCUCCCCUCUCUGCCCCGGUGCCUGCUGUGAUCCCAGGACCACGCUAGUGGCCAUGGCAGACGAUCAGAUACUAGGUGCCCUCGCACCCCUUGUUUCCCUGCCUCCCUCUUCCCAACCCUCCCCCCUCUCACCCCCCCACCCGUGCCCCCCUCCUCCUCACCGCCCCCUCCGCUCUUCCCCCGUCACCAUCUCGUCUCCCCGCAGCACCCAGCGCGAGCCCCUGACGUGCAAGCAGGAGCUGGAGCAGCUGCGCCAAUGGCACGCCGCCACGUUUCACAUGCCAGCUGGCGUGCACGGGGAGAAUCCAGCUGGCAGGGGCGCGGGCGAUGACACGAGCAUACAGAAUGACAUGGGCGGCAUGGGGGGCAUGGGUGGAAUGGGUGGAAUGGGUGGAAUGGGCGGCAUGGGCGGCACGGGGGGCAUGGGCGGCACGGGGGCAAUGGUUGGGAGGAGGCAAGGCGUUGAGGAGGCGAGGGAAGGCCAAUUGGAUGGGUGGAAGCAAGGGGAUGGGGGGAGCAGCGGCAGGGAGAGCGGCGGCAUUGAGAUUGCGGCAGGGGUGGAUGAAGAAGAGGCGCCCUCAAGGCGUGCAGGGGGGGCGGAGGACGAGUGGGGUGCUGCGGCGAGGGUGGGCGGGCAGCGAGCACUACUGGCGGUGGGCGGGGUGGGAUGGCGCAAGAAGCUGCGGGAUCAGAUGGGGCGACUGGCACGCAUGGACGCUGAGAUGGCGGAGAAGAAGAGGGAGUUAAGGCGAAUCACCACAGCCAGGCAGCGUCUCAACAAGCAGAUCGCGUCUCCUUCCAUCAACUGGGCCACUCGCCUCAUGCCCAAAUCGGCGGUGGAGAGGGCAAGGGCAGUGGUGGCGUCAUGCACGGGCACGGGCAUGCUGCUCUCGCACCCCACACACGUGUGGAAGGCGUAUGCGUGUGAGGGCAGUGAGGAGGAGCUGAUGCAGUACCUGGACUACAAGCCGCGCCACAUGUGUCCUGACGACUGGCUGGACACACAGGCGCUGCUCUUCCACCGCCACUGCUUCGCCCUGCCCAUGCGCCGCUGCCUCUCCCGCACGCCCGCCACCCACGUCGAGCCCAUGCCAUUCCCGCAAUCACUCUUCUCGCAGCUGGCCCUGCAGGACACGGCGCUGCGGUGGCAGCACCACGCGUGCAAGUCGUUCCACUGCCUCAACAGCAACAGCAACAGCAACAGCAACAGCAUGGCGGGCAGCGAGUGCGCGCAGUGUUUCAACAUGAGCGUGCAGAGCAGGCGCUGGCAGUCGCGCUUCCGAGGGGCGCUCUCCGUGCAGGACGUGGUGCGGUGGAAGCAGGGCGCUCUUAGGGUCGGGCUGGACGUGGGAGGUGGCACGGGCAGCUGGGCAGCACACAUGGCACGGUACAACGUGACGGUACUGACCACGGCUAUUAAUGCGGAGGCACAGGGCACGGGGCGGGCGUCAAUGCAGGCGCAGGGCACCCCAUACAUGGAGACCAUUGCACUCAGGGGACUCAUUCCCCUGCACGUUCCACACUCGCAACGGCUACCACUGUUCGACAACACACUCGACGUCAUCCACUGUGGCACCACCUGCAUGCACCGCCUGCCUCUCCCUCUCCUCCCCUGGGAGCACAUGCUCUUCGAGUGGGACCGCGUGCUGCGAGUGGGCGGCGUGCUCUGGCUCGACUCUCUGCUGCUCCCCCUGCGCGACUUGCCGCUGUAUGUGGCGCUGGUGGAUGGGCUGGGGUACAAGCGGCUGCACUGGCACAUGCUGCCCAGGGGUGGCGUGGGGGAGGAGAGUGAGGGCGGUGUGCAUGUGCAGGUGAACGCUCUGCUGGAGAAGCCUGUGAGAGUGGACCCGAAGAAGGGGUGGCUCAUGCGCUGA